CUUCAUUAAAAUCAAUAGACUUCGCGUUUACCAUUGUAUCAGCAAGAACCUCAGCGAAUAAGUAGCAAUCAUGUCUCUCACUCAACACAUCGAUCCAGAAAAUGCCCAGAACUUUGAGGACAUGGAGAAGCAGUUUGCAGUCAAGGCUGUCCAACACAUGACUGUUUACUGGUCCAUCCUCGAGAAACUGCCGGGCUCCAAACUUCGCCUCACACGGCUAGAUGAUGAAAUCUACGAACAUUUCAAGAAGGAGUUUCCUGACUUUGACCCAGCCGAAGAGCUUAAUGAAGACGUCAUGAAAAGCAAAGAAGGCAAGGAGAAGUGGAGAAAUUUUUCCAUGGUUUACGAAAAGGGCGACAAAAAGAUCGAAGACUACAAUUUCGGCACCAUGCUACGAAAGAGCCCAAAGACAGAGUAUGGCGAAAAGGAGACCAUAUUCGCCGUGCGGAUGCAGUUCUUUGCCAUCGAGAUUGCCAGAAAUCGGGCUGGCCUCAAUGAUUGGAUCUACGAACAGGCACAGAAGGCCAAGAAAUGAGGAUGCUCCGCAAAGCACUGAAGCAUGUCGAGGUGCCUGAAGUCGGUUGCUGGUCUUGAACGCCUGCUGGCUCAUGGUUGGUCAGCCUGCAACUCAUCUCCUUUGCGCUCCCCAACAACACGAGACGAUCACCGAACGAAUGGAUUCGGGAGAGGCAUGACCGGAUAAGCGCCAUGUCCCUAGAAUUCCAGCAGAGGAAGAAUUCGUUCCUGGAAGUUGGUUGGAAUUACGCUCGAGUCGACAUUCGUACGCCGCUACAGGAAUCAAUCCGACUGUUCAACCAUCCGAAUACUUCACUCUGCGUGCAAGAGUACUGUUCAUGCCGAGCAGCUUCGGCUCCAAAGAGUUCAUCACACCAGCACAUGAGCGAACAGCAGCUAACCUAGUGAUUGGAAAGAUCUGUUGUCACUCGCACAUCAGCGCAUAGAUUGCCUCUCAACCCCGACUUGACCCUGUUCGUUGCCUGGCCUUCCUACCCCCCUGAAUCUUUCACCCUCGGAAGUUGUCCCCGGAAAAAUUGCAGUGGUGGAGGCUCAGGCUUUACAGUUUGAGGUCAUCAAAACAUCAAACAUCGACGCUGCGCGCACCUGCAUCCGCGAGUGCUGUAUCAUUGUGCAGUGGGUUCUCUUUGGUACAACGUUCACCAUGACGGCACUCGAGGGCUGUUAUUGACGUCCUUGAAACAGAUAAAUAGAGAUUCAUUCGCAAUGAACAUCAUUCUUGUAUCAGAUUUCGCAAAUGGAGUUGUGAAGGACUAGAUUACGCCUUGCCGGGCUCCACAGUCGCAUUCUCGAUCACUUUGACCAUCUCCCCUGGGAUUCAUGUGACCCUGCGGGAACGAGAUGCAUGUCACUUGAACCGAAUGACUAUUCUCCACGGGCAGAGGUGUCUCCAGACACGACAACCAGUUACCAGUCAUACCAGCGCCAUGCCCUGGGGCUUGGACCUUUAUUUGGAUUAGAACAAUGCUUACUCGCGACCGGCAAAGUGCGGGGAAAUCCCAGGAUAGUAUCAGUCGCCUCAGGAACGGGCGUGGCAUGCAGAUGACCAGUUUUUUGAUCACCAUCUCGAAUGAAAUGAUAUACGUAAACUUGGCUGAUUGCACGUUGUUUGAAGGGGCCCGAAAACCAGGCGGUGCUGUUGAAGCCACCCUCAUUGGUUGUUGAAGUGGAAUGGCCACCGGCGAAAAUAAUUGGGAGCCGGUGGCAACCCAGGAUGUGGCCGAAACCAGACCCAUUGUAACUCCAUACCAACGGUAACACCGGGGCUGACAUCCAACGAACACAUAGUACGUGCUACAUAAUCACCACGCGAAGAAAGUGCAUGACCAUACUGAACAGGAAAAUGGGUCACCUAGCCUCGCCUCGCCAUGGGCAGAACAAAAUCAACUUCUAUCGAAGCUUUACAGAGUAAUCAACACCAAAAAUUCUAGUAUCUACGCAUACUAACAACCUCAUCA